AUGGAAGAACAAGCACCAUUGUCACUCAAACGAACCGCAACUUCCUGCCUUAUUUCAUCCAGACCAACCAAGCGCCGCAAAAUGAAUCCAUCUACGGUUCCAACUUGCGCUGCAACAUGGGCCAAACGAACCAAUGAACUCUUCACUUUUUUGCUACCUGUCAUUAUCGAAGAUCCAGAAGAAGACGGCGACGAGAGCCACAUUGACUCGUCGUUGGAUGCUGGAUUCAACGAUGACAUCGCCAAUGCACGAUCGACUUGUCUUGCCAAGAUUUGGGUCAAGAAGGCCGAAGAGAUCUUGGAUCCAAAGGAGGAGAAAGAAGAAGAAGAAGUCGACGACGUGAACGAGAAGAAGGAAUUCAAACCUUCCCUUCAUGUCAUUAUCGAAGAUCCAGAGGGAGAAGACUUGAGUACCAUUGAUGAGUCGCCUUUUGAUGCUGGGUUGAUUCAUGACGACUUCGAUUCUUUGGAGCAGGAUGGUAGCGAUGGCGAGAUUUUUGCAGCACCAACCGAGCAAUCUGACAACGCAGCUACUAAUGAUAUUCCUUUUGAUGGAAUGGGAUCUGGAUGGACCGAAUCUGGAAAGCGCUACAGCCGACGGCUACAGCUCAAGCUUUCGCUAGAGAAGAAGGAUCUUUCUACUGGAGCUUUGGGAUCUGGCAUGACGGAAAUAGGACGACGAUACAGUCGCCGAGUGGUAAAUCGAGGAAAAGGUGCCAAUUAA